AUUGGUGGAAGAUUAAGAACUCCAUUACUCCCAACUUGUGGAGGUGUGCCUUUACUGGCAGAGGUUAGACAGAAACAGUACGGUGGUUCUGAAUAUUGACCUUCCGUUGAUCAAAGUCCAAACUGACAUAUUCAUAUAUCUAUGUCUUUUUUCAAGUUGUAAGGAAAAGAGAGGAAAUGGCAGACAUUUUACUUGGGUUAAAGGAGUUUUCAGUAACAUUUUUCUUCAUUUUAUAUUACUGGAUUCAAGCUAUUAUUUUGGCGUUUAUUCCAUCGAGCUGGCGUGCAAAAGAUGUUGCUGGAGAAACGGUGCUCGUUACGGGAGCAGGAAGUGGAAUUGGAAGACUUAUAGCAUUACGUUUUGCGAGACUUGGAUGUCGAUUAGUUUUAUGGGAUGUGAAUGAAAAGGGCAAUGAAGAAACUGCAAAACAGAUAAAGGCAUUAGGAGCAUAUGUUAAAACUUACAAAAUUGAUUUAAGUAAUAGAGAUGAUAUUUAUAGUGUCGCUGCAAAGACAAAGGAAGAGGCUGGAGAUAUUGAUAUUCUAGUUAACAAUGCUGGUAUUGUUACUGGGAAAAAAUUCAUCGAAUGUUCUGACAGCAUGAUACAGAAAACAUUUGAAGUGAACACCCUGGCUCAUUUCUGGACGUGCAAGGCAUUUUUGCCAGGAAUGAUGGAGAGGAAUCACGGCCACAUUGUUACUAUUGCAAGUUCUGCAGGAUACCUUGGUGUAAACGGGCUGGCAGAUUAUUGUGCUAGUAAAUUUGCGGCUGUUGGAUUUGAUGAAUCCAUGCGGUUCGAACUUGAAAUGAUGGGAAAAGAAGUGAAAACUACAGUUAUCUGCCCCUUCUAUAUAAAUACAGGGAUGUUUGAUGGUGCUAAAACCAGGUGGCCAUUUAUUCUACCAAUACUAGAGCCAGAAGACACGGUCAACAAGAUUGUAGAUGCAGUUCUCUGUAAUCAACACAUUGUCAUGUUACCAAAAAGUCUGUAUUUCUUUAUGGCAUUGAAGGGGGUUUUACCAUGUAAAGUGCUAUCCUGUGUUUGUUACUAUUUUGGAAUUUCGAAGGCAAUGGAUAAUUUCAGAGGAAAGUGCACAAAAACAGAUUGAGAAGGCUCUUAUAUAUAUAUACUGAUUUAUUGAGUGGUGCCAACCAGAGUGCUGGCUUUAAUAUGUUUAUAUUUUGGUGCAUCAAACUCCAUGGAUGAUUUCAAAGGAAGACAAAAGAAAAUAGAAUAAUUGACAAUAGUACCUAAUGUUCAUGAUCAGUAUUGUUUGUUAUCUGGUUGAGAUGAAAUGAUUUCAAUCCUGAAAUGAGUGCAUCUUUUUUACAAGUGUAAAAAACUUAACAUAUUUGUAUGAUGCUUGAUUUUGUUCAUUUUUAAGUUAGAUAAAAUUGAGAAUGGAAAUCGGGAAUGUAUCAGAGAGACAACAACCCGACCAUAGAGGUAUAUUUUAUAACAUUUCUUUAAGCUACAAAUCUAGAAUUAGUAUACAAAUAUUCAUUGUCAAGGUAAAUCAAGGUCAUAAUGAAUAUUUGGCCACACCAACCUGUAAAUCUACUCUACAAAUGUACUUACUGUGGAUUUAUUUAUUUUCGUGGGAUAUCAAUUUUCGUGCAUUGAGAAAAAAUUGCAUUUUUGUGGGUUUUUGAUUUCGGGUUUUGACAAUCUCUGCACACAAAACCUAUAGAAAUUUUGUCAUUCUUUGCAUGAACAUCUGUAUUUAUGGUUCCUGUACCCACAAAACCAACAAAAAUUAGUAUCAUACAAAUAAUAAUGAAUCAACAGUAAUUCAUUUUGAUGGCACAAAUGAAAAGUGAUGGUUGUUUUAUGAUGGAACUUAGGUCAGUUUGUGCCAAAUUUAAGACAUUUGUAUUAAAUUACAGAAAUCAAAAGAAAAGUAGUGUUCCGCUCAGGGAGAUUUCAAUUAGGGCAUUAAAAGUGUUUCUGCUGUUUGAGAUAAUGGUACAAGUUUACAUGUCCUAUAUACCUUCAAAAGAGAUGCAUUCAAUUCUGGAUAGAAAAUACAUAUAGUGUUAUAUUGUAUAUGCUGUUUAUUAUUUACUUAGAUUAAAAACAUAAACAAGCACUGCAUUUGUAAUCACACUGUUGAAAAACUGGUAUAUAUAUUUAUUCAUAGUACACUAAUUUAAGGGAUUUUUUAAAUUGAAAACACAAGUUUUUAUACCAAAUUCAAUGUAUUUUUUUCAAAUGUUUUGCUACAGGCAUCUAGAAAAGGAACAAACAUUUUUUUUCUCUGGUAAAUAGGAGAUCAUUCAAACAUUAUACAAUUGGCCAUACACAACGUUUUUGUGUACACUUUUGAAAAUUUUACCCAGAAUGCAUUAGAUUCUGAAAAAGUGAAUAGGAUUAUUAAUGCAUUAGAAGAAUGUCAUUUAAGUCUGAUAUUUGUGAAAUGUACCUCUAGAUGCCAGUGUAUUUCUAGUGAAUUUCGUUACAAGAAAUAAAGUAACAUGAUGUUAAAUUUCGCUUACCAUGAUACCGAAUAUUUAGAAAUAAGAUUUUUUUUAUAUUUUAUAAAUAUUGCUGUCACUUAUCUAUAUUAAUUUAUAUCUUUUUAAUUUACACUGAUUAUGUGAUUUGUGCGAAAAGAAGUUUUUUUUUUAAUUGUAAGUCCAAACAAUCAGGUCACUUAUUAUCUAUGGUAUCAAUCAAUCUUUUUUUAUAAAUUUAUAAAUUUUUCAUUUUAGCCGUGUUGGAUAGAAAUCAAUCUUAUGUACAAGACUUUUGAAUGAUUUUAGAACAUUCAAAUACAAAAUAAAAGAUGAGUUUUUGGUCUGUUUUGAAGAGUUGAUUUUGAGAUAAAUACAUCAAUGUUGUAUUUGGUAUUUUAUAGCUUUAAUUGUUAUUUCUAAUUGAUAUAAAUAUUCAUAUACAUAUAAUAUACAUAUAUAUAUAUAUAAGUACGUCUGAGUCAGUGACAACCCUACAACAGAUGUAUCCAUCGGAUCACCAUCAAUGAUGGUGAUACAUGGCUGUGUACAUAAUGUAUAUACAACUCGUCUAAACAUCAACCCAACAAUGUUAGAUCUGUAAAUUUGCUUUCGCAAAUUUUUGGUUCUUCCCUCGCCGGGAUUCGAACCCAUGCUACUGUGAUAUCGUGACACCAAAUCGCCUGCAUAUAGGUAACAUAUGGCCACCGAAAGCUCUUUUUUUGAGAGCCCAGGUGGUCGUGUGGUCUAGCGGAACGGCUGCAGUGCAGGCGAUUUGGUGUCACAAUAUCACAGUAGCAUGGGUUCGAAUCCCGGCGAGGGAAGAACCAAAAAUUUGCGAAAGCAAAUUUACAGAUCUAACAUUGUUGGGUUGAUGUUUAGACGAGUUGCAUAUAUAUAUAUAUAUAUACACAUAUUAAAUAUAUUUAUACCAUGAUAAUAAGAUUUUUUUAUAUAAAUUGUAUUUUGUAAUGACAAUCUAUAAAAAUGAUGUUUCAGUUCUAUAUACUGUUUCAGUGUACGGAAAUUUAUAUCACUUUUUAUGUGACUGCUAAUGCUAGAGUUGUAAAUUUGGGUUUUUGUAAAAUUUUAAAUUUUGAAAAGACAGUCAGGAUCAAUUACAACGCUAACACAUUUUUCAAAAAUCAAAACCUGAAGCACAUGAGGAGAAGUAUACUUGUCAUUUAAAUAUUCUAUAAACUUUUUAAUUAUUUGUAUUUCUAUCAGGGUAAUACUUUUUUUAUUUAAUACAUGAGGGGGAAAGGACCUUUAUCAGGACUCUGGGAUCGGGUGUUUUUAAGCUCGGGAUUUCGGGAUUUACCCUUUCUGGAUCCGGGAAUUCUUUUUUUUCGGAUUUCGGGACCUCAGGAUUUUGUAUUUUUAAGCCCGGGAUUUCAGGAUCAGGACCACUCCUAUCCCCCCUCAUACAUGCAUACACUGCUGACCAGAAUUAAGUUUGAGCUACAAUUUUGUGUAUGUGUAAUGGACCAAAGUUCAUGUUUUAUGCAUAAAUUUAAUUGUAUAAAGGUUAACAUUUAUAAUAUUUGACCUUUUGUACCAUAAUUUGGAAUACUUCCAUGUGUUGCCAUGGUGAUGAAGAAUUAUAUUAUUGGUGUGCUAAAAGCACAUUUGUUUUGUAUACAAGUAUUAGAUUUAUAAGCUUUAGAUUAUCAAAUAAAAUUGUUAAAUUGUU